AUGGAGAAGUCAUUUGAGUUGGGCAACGUGACCAGAGUCCAGGAGUUUGUCCUAUUGGGCUUGUCCACAAGGCUUGGAAUAAGAGAUGUCCUGUUUAUCAUCUUCCUGAGUCUUUACCUGCUUACCCUCAUGGAGAACACACUUAUCAUCUACCUCAUCUUCAGUCACAGUGAGCUCCACAAACCCAUGUACUUCUUCCUAGGCAACCUCAGCUGCCUGGAGAUGUGCUAUGUGUCAGUCACCAUGCCCACCCUACUCAUGGGGUUGUGGACAGGACCCUGCCAUGUUCCAUUUACAGGCUGCAUGAUCCAGCUUUUCUUCUUCAUCUCUCUCAUCUGCACAGAAUGCACUCUCCUGGCCUCCAUGGCUUAUGACCGCUAUGUGGCCAUCUGCCGUCCACUGCACUACCCACUGCUCAUGAGGCCCCGAGUAUGCCUGGGUUUAGCCUUGUCUUCAUGGCUGGGUGCGUUGCUGGUCUCAGUGAUCAAAACAGCAUGCAUUGCAAGCCUGUCCUAUUGUGGUCCCAAUAUCCUCAAUCACUUCUUUUGUGAUGUCUCUCCUCUCCUUAACUUAUCCUGCACCCAUGUGGCCCUCACGGAGCUGGUAGACUUCAUUUCAGCUAUCGUCAUCCUCUGGGGUUCACUCCUUGUGGCCAUAGCCUCCUAUGUGGCCAUUGGUAGGACAGUUCUAGGCAUGCCAUCAGCUGCUGCCCGCCACAAAGCUUUCUCUACCUGUGCCUCCCACUUGGUAGUGGUGGGUAUAUUCUACUCAGCCACUAUCUUCAUCUAUGCCCGACCCAGCCGCAUAGAAGCUAUGGACCUCAACAAGGUGUUGUCUGUCAUCUACACGGUGGUCACCCCCAUGUGCAACCCCAUCAUCUACUGUCUCAGGAACAGAGAGGUGCAAUUGGCUUUCCAUAGGACCAUGCGCUGGUCCUCAGUUUGA